AUGAUCGCUAUAGAGGCGGAGCAGCCGAAGGAGGAGAGAGUGCCGAAAGUGGAGCCUUCGAGCUCGCAGCGAACGCUCACGCGCUCGAGUGCGGUGAGCCAGAGGUCCGUCGACUUGGUGGUCCACCCGGAGAACUCGAACAACCCUCUGCACAGGUCCAAAUUAGCCCCCGUCCGCUCGUCGUCGGAAUCGUCUUCGAGCAAGAAAAUGUUAAACUUAAGGAAGACGAAGAACUCGUCGAUAGAGUCCACGAUGAGUUUGCCGAAUCAGAAAUCUCUGGAGAAGAAACACGGGAGCCUCCGGCAUCAGAAGUCGAUAGGCGCCCACUCGGACGUGACGCUGAGCACGCAGCCCGUGAUUUCGGACGACCGGAAGGCUCUGAGGGAGGCCUUGUAUCAGGGUAUAUUUCAUAGACAUAGACGGACAAUUUUCGCAGUGGGCUCGUUCCUUAGGAUGCUUAGAAGCAAAACGUCCAACUACGACUCGAUUAGAUCAGAGUCGGACGAGAUUUAGCAUUCUUAUCGUAAGUUUGUAAGUGAUCGUUUUUAAUAAUAAUUCGGUAGUGACACCACAGACUGCGAAUGUGCUUUUUAUAUAACAAAACAAAUGUUAUUAGAUUUAGUAAUUUGUAAUAUGGUAAUUGUUUUAGAUUAAAAUGUUCCUAAAUUUAGUUCGGACGUUUUAAUUGUUGCCGUGAUUCCUGCUUGUCCCGUGUCGUAGACAUAAGAAUCACAUCGAUAUGAUUGUUGCGUCGUUGACGUGCCGUUACAGAAUAAUAUUAUGUUAAAUACAAGUGUGCCAAAUUACAUACCUACCUAUACCUAUUUAAUAAAAGGAAAUUCUAUUACAACUUUGUGUUAUAAGUAACAAGAACAAUUUGGAUAUAGUUGAAUUAGGUACGACAUUGAUUUUGUUUUUCAUUAUGAGGACUAUAAUAGCUAAAGCUUACGCACAAGUGUGUGUAACUAUGUGUAUACAUGUAUGAAACGAACAACAGUCAAGGAAUUAGUUUACAACAGCGAACACGCAAAAUGGCGCUUACAUCCGCUUGCUAUUACUUAAUAAGCGAAAUAAAUAAUAUUGAAUCGCUUUGUAACCACUCCGGUUACAUGAUUCGGAUUUGUUCUCUAUUACGGCAUCGCGUGUCAAGGCCCAAGGACAGUCCUUGAUUGCUGAUUACCUUGACAUUAUAAUGAUAAAAAAAUAUUUUGGUACUUAGCUUCGAAAUUAUUGGGCUUUCACAACUUCAGGACUUUGUCAGGCUACGAGCGAAGCUUUUGAAAAAAAAACGUUAUUCAGUGAAUUAAAAGAUGGAUUAUUUAUCGAUCAUUCCUAGUCUACAUCUACACGAUUUAGAGUCACGAUCUAGUCUUUCUUGGUCAGCAAUCUAGAGUCAGUCGGCUUACGAUCCAUUCACUCUUGGUCUACGAUCUAGAGUCACUUUUGGUCUACACUCUACAGGAAUCUAUCUCUGGGAUACUAGAAUCCCUCUUGGCUUAUCUUAUCCAAAUUCUUUUGGUCUACAAUUUAGAAUAAUUUCCGGUCUACGAUCCAGUCAGUCUCGGACCUCAGUCUACGAUCUAAAGACACUCUUGGUCUACGACUUACGUCUAGUAGGUAUUCCAAAUUUUUCAAAUAUAUAUUUUAGCGGCAGUGCUUUGUAGAUUUUUUGUCAUCUCAACGAAAAAUAAUUCGUAAUAUUUUUUCAAUAACUUUUAUUUUUCUAAAAAUUAUCCUAUUUGUUUCGUGUAAAUUGGGAGGGUAACCAUGAUUUUAAUUUUUUGUUAAUUUAUGUUUAAAAUAUUUUACUGUGAAAAAUAAAAAUCAUAAAUAAGUGUUUUUUAAUUUUUUUAAUUUUUAAAAUUUAAUUUUAAUUAAAUUUAUUAUUCAUUUAUUAUUUUAUAAUAAUUUGAUAUUAUAGUGACAAUAAACAUUAUAUUAAAUGUCAUUGUAUAUUUGAAUAAUGUUUUUCUGUAAAGGUGCUUAUAGGAAGUAUAUUUAAGCGUAUCAUCGUAACACAUGAUUAUGUUUAAGUUAUAAUGUGUAAUAGUUUGUGAAAUAAAUAGUUUCUUGUUUUAUUCUUUAUUCGCAUUGUUAGAUUUAGUGUUUUAAAUGGAUUUAAAUUAACUGUACCGCUGUAAAAUUGCGAUAACUUCCAUCCCAUCCCAUCUGUUCCCUAUUUGAUCGCGAAUCGUGAUGCUAAAUAUAAAUAUGUAUAAUGAUAACGAAUAUAGAGCUUAGAUAACAUAGUUUUAAUAUACAUGUAUUCGUUAUUUAGUUUUUACAUAAAGCAACGUGUUUUUUUAUUUCAUUUUCUAUACAAGUUUUAGUCAUGGAUGCUUACCUAUCUGUCAUAAUAAUUUAAAGAAUAUAAUUGUAGUAAAAUGACAAAUGCUGUAAAUUUGCAAUUGACUUAGACCCUCAAAAAAACAAGCUUGAUUACUUGCUAAAAUUCAAAAGAUAAUAUCAACCGAAUUUGACAUUACCAUUUCAUUAUGAAGUGAUUUAAAAAAAUAUUUCAAACGAUUUGAGCUUCUUUUAAUUUUUGAAUGCCACUGAGUUAGCGAAUAUCUAUUCAGAUUAGAUUACCGUUUGCAUGUUUACCAUCAUUGGAACAUCAAGCAAAAGACGUUGCAAUUCUUCAGAAUCAAAAUUGUGUAUAUUUGUUGCUAAAUGUAAAAAAUGAAUGAAUGAUUCUUUGGGUAGUUUUAAUACUUGUUUUGCGAAGAUUUAUAUAAAAUGAAAUAUAAUGUAUUAAAACAUGGUAGAUGGAUUGUUGAGAAACACAUUUUUGGAACGUUUUAUGCACUUUUAUAUAUUUGUACAUCUGACGUUUUUGUAUAUUAUGCUGUUGUAAAAAUAGGAUUAAAUAAAUAAUUAAAAUAAUACAGCUGCUUUUAUAUAAUAUAGCAACAAUUAUUUUUGAACCAUAUAAAUUGUAUUUUCUUUUAUGCUUAAUAAACAUUUCAUAUUAUAUAGAUAAAAAAAUAUUAUACGAGUAUAUAAAUAUGAAUUACAAUUUAUUCCAAAUCAUUGAAAGAAAAAACUUGGAACAAUAUUUGAAAUAUACAAAAAAUAGAUACCAGGUCAUGUUGAUAAAAGGCUUAAAGUGUAUAAAGAAUUCUGAAUUUUUUGUUUGCGAAUUUGGUUAACCUAUUUUAAAAAAAAUAUAAGCAAACAAUUUUUCUGCAGCCAAUAAAGAUUUUUUUAACAUAAAAAAUUGUAUAAAAUUUAUAAUACGAGCUUCGUGUUUUAAUUAAUUAAUUAUUAUUAUUAGAAAUAGGUUUUAACCAAUAUAAAACUUUAGUCAGUAGAUUUUGUUUUCAUUACUUUAAAAUGUUUCCAAUAAUAUACGUAACUUAGCCUAUAAAGUAAUAAUAGUCAUAUUAUUUGUACAUCUAUCUGUAAUUAUACAAUAGUUAAGUGUUAACGAAAGCUAAACCUAUUAUAAGUUGUUUAUAUUUAUUUUGUUUAUUUCUAAUCAACAGCGUUACAGAUUAUUAGAAUACAUUUACUUAUAAAUAAGAUCACAAAGAUUGUAGUAUUGAUUAUAUUGUAAAGUUUUUGUAUUUUUUUUGUUUUUUUAUUAUUUAAAAGUUUGUAGUAAGUUGUAGAUUAUAUCUUUUGGCCCCACAGUUAAAGGCCGUUCAGAAAUUUAUUCAGUAGGAACAAGUUCCUCUAUAUAAAACAUCUACUUAACCUAUAUGAACUUGGUUAAAAAUAGUGAAUAUACAAACAUAUUCGCGGACAUGUUCUUAUAAAUUAUUUUUGAAAAAAAAAUACCUUGGUAGGUUUGUUUUUAAUUUUAUGUAUUUAAAAAUUUACGUUACUAUUAACUUACAUUAGGUUUAGAUUUUGUGAAUACAAAUUGACUAUUGACAUUGUGUUAUGUUUAUAAACUAUAGUAAACUUGUUAAUGUUGUGUAAGAUUUUCUUGUUUUUUAACUUUUUGAAUGUUUGUUUUGAAUAAAAUUAUGAUACUUAGGUACAUUCCUAAAUAUAUUUGAUAUUAAAACACUGUCCGAAAAGAAUUUACUCGUAGUAAAAAAUAAGACUGCGUAAUAAUAAUAAAAUAGCAGAAAAGAAUCCUAUUCAUCUGUAAAAAAAUCAGUUCGUUUAUUGAAUACAUCAUACUGGCGUAAUUAAAUUUGUUUUUAUUACAAAAAAUAAA